AUGACUGCCGACUCCAAGACCAUCGUUCUCGUGACCGGCGCCAAUCAGGGCAUUGGUUUCGAAAUUGCGAAGAAGCUCAAUGUCGAGCAUGAAAACUACCAUGUCAUCAUGGCAGGACGGAGGAAACAAGCCAUUGAGGAAGCCGCAGAGAAGCUUCAAGCGCAGGGAUUCUCAGUCGAGCCGCUCGUGCUCGAUCAAUCGUCCGACGACUCUAUCGCCGCAGCGGCCAAAGCCGUCGACGAGAAGCAUGGUCACCUGGACGUGCUCAUCAACAAUGCCGCCAUCUCCAACAUUUCACACUCUGCCGACGGCAAGCCGCUCUCAACGCGAGAGCAGUUCCUCCGCAUCCUGGACACGAAUGUCGCUGGUGUCCAAGUAGUGACCGACGCGUUCAUUCCGCUGCUGGAGAAGUCGACAAAGACCAAGCGUAUUGUGUUUAUCAGCUCAGGACUCGGCAGCGUAUCUAUGCUGGCCGACCCGAAACUCGGCUCAACCUUCCGCAAGGUAGGAGCCACGCACUAUACCACGUCCAAGGCGGCUUUCAACCAGCUGGCGCUGCACUAUAUUGUGCAGUACGAGGACGACAAGACCUGGAAGCUUAACAUCUGCUGCCCGGGAUUCUGCGCAACGAAUCUGAACGCCUACUCGGGCACCAACUCAGCUGAGAGCGGGGCUAUCAACGCCUGCCGGCUGGCCACGCUGGGACCUGACGGGGAGUCAGGAACGUUCACCAACAAGGAAGGAACUAUUCCUUGGUAA